UUAAAGUUAAACAGUAGAGAACACAGUUGGAGGAGGUGUGGACAGAGGUGAAGGAAAGAUACAGUCGCAGUUCUCUGUAAAGAGUUAAAGAUCUUUGUUGUGCCUUCACGUUUGUCUCUUGGUCGAAAUUUUCCGCAACAAUGGGGAGGAGAAAGUCCACUGGAAAUGCAGAAGCAACCACAGAGCCACGAAGGAAGUCUCUACGGUUGUCAGAGAAAGAGACUGAGCCAAAACCACAGCCAGAGAAGACGAAGCCGGCACCCAAACCCAAAAAGGUAAAGGAGCCAGCAAAGGCUAAGCCAGAGGAGAAGAAAGAGCCAGAGGAGGAAGAAGAAGAAGAGGAGGAGGAGGAAGAAGAGGCUGCUGUUGAAAACGGAGCUGAGGAGGCUGCAAAUGGAAACGAAGAAGAAAAAAAGGAGGAGGAGGAAAAGGCCGAAGAAGAAGAAGAAGAGGAAGAGGAGAAAGAAGCAGAGUAGUGUGAACACUUUUAAAACUCAGCUACCAAUGGUCUCUGUCCCUCCCUUCUUGUACAAUGCAGAGAAUAUUUUGAAUCUAUUUUCUUAUGACAGCAGUGUUUUUAGCGACGUGAUCACCAAUACUACAUUAACCAUUCUGUUUUCAUGGCUUCUGUGAAGGGAAAGGCCAGGGGUAUCUUUCGUGGUGCUUACUGUCAUGCUCAUGUUCAGAGUUUGAUGUUCCAUUUUACCUGAGCGUUCCUUGUGAGAUCUGAGGGGGUUUUAGACUUGAACUGCUCUGCAGUAGUAAUGCAUUUAUAUGCUGUGUAUUGUUUUAAAAUGUUCAUUUUUUAUUUUUUUUCUCUAGUACUGGCAUUAGUAUUGUUGAUUAUGAUUUAUGCAGUUUGUGAUGGAAGGUACAUUUGAAAAUGUCAAAUUGAGCUGUAUUCUUGGCUCUGCUCGGUUGAGCUUCAUUAAUCAUGCUUGUUGUGGUUUGUAUUUUUCAAAAUGAUUGUAUAUUCAUUUCAAUCUGCAAAACAAAAAAAAAUAAAUCUUGAUAAGUUCAUUGUAAUUUGGAGAUUCCUCUACUAAUGUACAGCUAUUUGUUUUUGUUUUUUUAAAGUUUUUUUUCACUUGAGUGGUAUUAAAUGCCAAUUUGAAUGUCUUUUCUCUGUGUUUAUUUCAUUGUUUACUCUUACCUGUGGAUUAAAAAUGUCAUAAGAUGUAGUAAUGGUACAUUUAAUUAAUUUUUAUUUUUUAGAAAACCGUUUUGAGAACUCAACAUUUUUAAACAUAACUUAUCUUGAGAAGCUGUGUUGUGUAUUAAGUGUAGUAAUGGCUGCUGUUAUCAAUGUGUUUCUUAAAUAUUUCGGUAUAUAUUGAAUUGAUAU